AGUCACCAUGGCCAAGUCCAAGAACCAUACCAAUCAUAACCAGAACAAGAAGGCUCACCGUAACGGCAUCAAGAAGGCCCCUACCUACAAGAAGAUGUCCACUCGCGGUAUGUGCCCUAAGUUCCUGCGUAACGCCAAAUAUGCUCUCAAGGGCUGCCAGCAGCUGAAGAAGUCCGAGUAACGGGAACUACGCAAUUGAUCUGCUCGUCGCCUCGGCGUUGUUGUUGAUGAUGAUUGGUUGACGUUUCCAGAACUCGGCACUUUGGAGU